AUGAUUCCCCCCAUCUUCGCUCUUCUCCUCGCAGUGUCUGUCGCGGAGGUGCUCGUUCUCACGCAGGACAACUUCGAUAGUGAGCUCGAGAAGCACAAGAACCUCUUUGUAAAGUUCUACGCUCCGUGGUGCGGACACUGCAAGAAGCUGGCUCCCACCUGGGAGGAGAUGUCCAACGAAUACACGACAAUGCCUGUGGCCGAAGUUGACUGCACAGCCCACAGUAGCAUUUGCGGGAAGUACGGUGUUAACGGCUACCCGACCAUCAAGCUCCUGCAGAGCAGCGGCGCUGUCUUUAAGUAUGAAAAGGCACGCGAGAAGGACGAGAUGAUGAAGUGGGCCGACUCCAUGCUCGAGCCAACUCUUACAAAGUGUGACAGUGUUGAAGAUUGCGCUGAGAAGUCUCGGAAGGUCCGUGCUCUCAAUUACUUCCUGCUCGAAGCCCCUGAGUAUAAGGAGAUCUACGAGUCGUACUUCACAGAUUUCAAGGGUGAACACUUCUUUGGUUUCCUCAAGGCAAAAGAAUGGAAGCUGACUGCUGUUCGCGAAGGAGAACACAUCGUCUACAAGGGGACGGAGAACAGUAACGUCAAUUAUAUCAAGAAGUUCGUUGCCUCGCAUCGGUACGCCUUUCUUCCCUUACUGGGACAGGACAAUGCAGCGGCCUUGAUCCACGAGCGUGGCAGGCCAACUGUAAUCUUUGCACUAGAUACGGAGCGGGACAACAAGCUCCUCAAGACCCUUUCCAAGUUUGCGAGAGAGAUUAUCCUCAACCCGAAGGACGAGACUUCCUUCAUCGAAAUGCGUUAUACGCUUACAUUCUCGGAUACUGGGUCGUGGAAGCAGUUCUUCGAGGGUAUCGACGUGGACUCCUCUGCUGGCCCUAAGAUUGUCAUCUAUGAUAACGCCAGCCCUAAGAAGCAGGUCUUCCAGGCAGACUUUGGAGAGGACCCGGUGGGCUCUAUCAUCGAGUUCCUCAAGAAGCACAAGACGCGGCAGCUCACAGGCGUCCCGCUCGGGAAGGACGGCCGGGUGGUUCGCCCCGAUGGGGACAAGGAGCUCUGA